GUCGUUUGAGUGGGUUCGUUUGGUCAACACAUCAGGCGACAGAAAUUCUUCUCUAGUUUCGAAAAAUCAACCAUUUUGAAAAAUUGGACAUCAAUGCGGGCCAGCGUCGAGCAGUGAUAAAUAUAAACAUAACAGCAUUAAAACGACAUCAAAAUGUGCCUUUCUAAGCCCACCGUUGCUGGGGAUGCAGCAAGUGGCAGCUCUGCCAGCAGCAGCUGCACUGGAAUGCAGAGCAAUCGGACCUGCAGCUUGCGUGAUGUCUGUAGUAGCGCCGGGAAUGGAAUAAAACAUAGAGGUAACAAGGAUUCACAGACCAAAGAAGUAGAAGAUAGUUUAGGCUAUAAGGAGGAGAACGCCGUCUACAAGGAAAAUGAAGCGGCGUCAGAAGUGUUGGCCCAUCAGCAAAAGCAGCAGGAGGAGGCAGAAGAGGAGUACAUACCCCAAAUAAGAUGGCCAGAUCUGGGAGCCCAGAGUUUUCUGCAUGCGGGCGCACUGUACGGCAUCUACCUCCUGUUUUACGCGAAGCUCUACACAUUCCUUUGGGUUGCCGUAACCAUUCUGGUAUCGGGCAUUGGCAUUACGGCGGGCGCCCAUCGCCUGUGGUCGCACAAAUCGUAUACCGCAUCGCUGCCGCUUCGCGUGCUGCUUGCCUUUGCGUUCUCUAUAGCGGGCCAGCGCGAUGCGUACACUUGGGCUCUGGACCAUAGAAUACAUCAUAAGUUCUCAGAGACGGAUGCAGAUCCCCACAAUGCGAAGCGUGGUUUCUUUUUCGCCCACGUCGGCUGGUUGUUCCUCACUCCUCAUCCGAAGGUCAUUGCGAAGCGCAAGGUGAUCGACAUGUCUGAUCUGGAGGCCGACCCGGUUGUAAUGUUCCAACGCAAGUACUAUAUACCACUUUUCGCGCUCUGCUCGAUAGUGCUGCCCGUUAUGGUACCCUGGUACUUCUGGCAAGAGAGCCUUUGGAUGUCCUUUUGGAUCAAUUUCAAUAUGCGCUUCUGCUGGACCUUAAACGUGGCCUUCUUUGUGAACAGCGUGGCCCACAUGUGGGGUCGUAAGCCUUAUGAUAAGAAUAUUAUGCCCGUGGAGGCUCCGCUUGUGUCGCUUGUGGCUCUGGGCGAGGGCUGGCAUAAUUAUCAUCACGUAUUCCCGUGGGAUUACAAGACCGGCGAGUUCGGCAGUUACACACUGAACAUUACCACCGGUUUUAUAGAUUUCUGCGCCCGCAUCGGCCUAGCCAGUGGACGCAAAUUUGUGUCUCCGGAUAUGAUAAAACGUCGAGCGGCCAAAUGCGGCGAUGGGUCGCGAUUCCUCAGCGAUGAUUAUGCGCACAAGGAUCAGGUGUGGGGCUUUGGAGAUCGUGAUCUGCCCCGUGAAGAUCUUGCUGAGCUGGCAAAGAUGCAAAAUUAAAGCAGCACAAUUGUUGAUCGUUCGACUGAAAUACGUUGAGCCUUUGUUUACUGUAGUAUUAAUUAUAUUUUUUGGUUCACACAGGGAUAUAUUGUCAGUUCAAGAUCAGGAUUGUAAUUUAAAUCUUAUAAGCAUUACGGACCUUUGCAUUCAAACGAAUGAAGCUCGCACGUAUUAGAAGAGGCUAUUCAUAUACUGUUUAUCCAAUAACCUGAUAAUCGAUUACUAUAAUUACGACAUUAAAGAGAGAUAAUGGCGGCAUAUGUAUGUAUUUCCACCUGUGUGAACUCGUUCUUACAUAUAAACUCCUAAACUCACACAAACACACACACACCCCAUAUAUGUGCACAUACUUAAGUCAAGCUUUAGUUACUUAUUCAAGGGCAACAUUAUUGAUUGUCGUGUUAAAUAAAAGUAUAUAUAUAUUCGUA